AUGGAAUUCGGGAGUUGUCCAAGUUCGUAUGCGUUGAAGUUGGCAACUGUGGGUGAGAGUAAGCACAGCUCACAACGUGAAUCCGUGUGCAUGGCCGUCCGUGGUGGUGCCGCAAUGUGGACAACCGUGUGCUUGGCCGUCUGUAGCGGUGCCUCAUUGCGAGAAGCCGUGUGCUUGGCCGUCUGUAGCAGUGCCGCAAAGUGGCCAGUCGUGGGGAUGGCCGUCUCUGUGGUAGAGGAAAACCACGACUGUUUUUAUGUUUGCACCGUAGUUUGUGAAGAAGUCUCCACCUUCCUUGAAAUUGGAGGAGCUGGUUGA